UGCAGACUGCAGCAAUCUAUUGGCUGCUGGCUUUGUAAAUUUCAUUCAGUUUGCUCCAAUAGCUGAGGAAGAACGACUGGUACAGCCUGGUCCUCUCUCCCUCUCUACCUCUCUCUCUCCUCUCUCUCCCCCCACCACCCCCCAAUCUCUUUUUUUUUUUUCCUUGCAGAUCGGUCUCUCUCUCUGUCUCUGCAUAGGCAAUCAGAGCCCUUUACUCACAGAGCCUCCUCGCACUGAUUGUAAUGAAUUUUCAUGCUGCAAGAAUAUAGAGCAGAUGCUUCUUUUUUCCUCCCUGCUAUCAAGACACCAACGUUCUGUUUUCUGGUUAUCACAUUCCUUUGGACUGCAAGACCGCCUUGGAUUCCAAGAAAUAUGCAUAUUUAUUUGUCAGUGUGAAAAAAAAAAGAAAAGGCAUCGAGCCUCUCCAUUAGGAUUCUCUUUUGCACGAUUUGGCUGUGCCUGGAACACUGCAUUCACCUCUGCCUGCUACUGCUGUGUGAAGGUGGACCAAGUUUGUUUUUGAAAUGAAUGAACAAACAAAUUAACUAAAAUAGACUCUGGGAUAGUGUGAGACAUUCUUGCCUUGUUAUUGUGGAAUGGGCUCAACAUCAUUGCAGAUUUGGAACUUGUAUAUGGCAGUUAUACAACGGUGGCAAUAAAUUUGUCAUAUUUCACCUAGAAGAUUCAAUUAACCUGGCUGAAGUUCUUCUUUUCUUCAUCUUUUUCCUCUCAUCCUGGGAGAUAUCACCUUUGCUGAUGUUGAUGUAAACAAUGUCGAGACCAAAGGGAUUAUUAUGGCUGCCUUCAAUCUUCACCCCCGUCUGUAUUAUGGUAAAAUCACAUUUGCUCUUAUGGAUAACAGUUCUUUCAGUACGAUUUACAAUAAUUGAUAGCCAAGUACAGCACCCAGUAGUACCUACAAACUAUGGAAGAAUACGUGGCACAAGAACACCUCUACCUAUUGAGAUUCUUGGCCCUGUUGAGCAAUACCUGGGAGUCCCAUAUGCCUCACCUCCAACAGGAGAAAGACGAUUCCAACCUCCUGAGCCACCUUCAUCUUGGACUGGUGUUAGGAAUGCGACCCAAUUUGCUCCUGUUUGCCCACAGUUUUUGGAUGAAAGAUCUUUGUUAAAUGAUAUGCUGCCUAUAUGGUUUACUGCCAAUUUGGAUACAGUUGUAUCGUAUGUACAAGAUCAGAAUGAAGAUUGUCUAUAUUUAAAUAUCUAUGUGCCAACUGAGGAUGGAGCCAACACAAAGAAACAAGCUGAUGAUAUAGCCAAUAAUGAUCGUGGUGAAGAUGAAGAUAUCCAUGAUCCCAAUAGCAAGAAACCUGUCAUGGUCUAUAUUCAUGGAGGGUCCUACAUGGAGGGUACUGGGAACAUGAUUGAUGGAAGCAUACUUGCCAGCCAUGGAAAUGUGAUUGUUGUUACCAUUAACUACAGACUUGGUGUUUUAGGUUUUUUAAGCACAGGUGAUCAAGCCGCAAAAGGAAAUUAUGGAUUACUUGACCAAAUACAAGCAUUACGGUGGAUUGAGGAAAAUAUUGGAGCAUUUGGAGGAGACCCAAAACGUGUUACUAUCUUUGGAUCAGGAGCAGGUGCCUCCUGUGUAAGCCUGCUAACACUAUCUCACUAUUCUGAAGGUUUGUUCCAAAAAGCAAUCAUACAAAGUGGGACAGCCCUGUCCAGCUGGGCAGUGAACUACCAGCCUGCCAAGUAUACUAGGAUAUUGGCAGAUAAAGUAGGCUGCGACAUGUUGGAUACUAUUGACUUGAUUGAAUGCCUUCGAGAGAAGAACUACAAAGAACUCAUUCAACAGUCCAUCACACCAGCCACAUACCACAUUGCUUUUGGACCAGUCAUUGAUGGUGAUGUCAUUCCAGAUGACCCUCAGAUUCUGAUGGAACAAGGGGAGUUCCUUAACUAUGAUAUUAUGCUUGGAAUGAAUCAAGGGGAAGGCUUUAAAUUUGUUGAUGGUAUUGUAGAUAAUGAAGAUGGUGUCUCUCCAAGCGACUUUGACUUUUCAGUUUCCAACUUUGUAGACAAUCUGUAUGGUUACCCAGAAGGAAAAGAUACACUUAGAGAAACGAUUAAGUUCAUGUACACUGAUUGGGCUGACAAAGAAAAUCCUGAAACAAGAAGAAAAACUUUGGUAGCACUUUUCACAGAUCACCAGUGGGUGGCACCUGCUGUUGCAACAGCUGACUUACAUGCUCGAUAUGGCUCUCCAACAUAUUUCUAUGCAUUUUAUCACCACUGCCAAAGUGAAAUGAAACCAACCUGGGCAGAUUCUGCACAUGGUGAUGAAGUCCCCUAUGUGUUUGGCAUUCCUAUGAUUGGACCCACAGAACUCUUUAAUUGUAAUUUCUCGAAGAAUGAUGUCAUGCUCAGUGCAGUUGUUAUGACAUAUUGGACUAACUUUGCCAAAACUGGAGAUCCAAACAAGCCAGUUCCACAAGACACAAAGUUCAUCCACACAAAACCCAACCGAUUUGAAGAAGUUGCUUGGUCAAAAUAUGACCCAAAAGAUCAACUUUAUUUGCAUAUUGGUCUAAAACCUAGAGUAAGAGAUCACUAUAGAGCAACGAAAGUGGCUUUCUGGCUAGAACUAGUACCACAUUUGCAUAACUUGAAUGAAAUUUUUCAGUAUGUGUCAACAACUACAAAGGUGCCUCCUCCGGACAUGACAUCAUUUCCUUAUGUAACAAGAAGAUCUCCUGUUAAAUCAAGGGCUACAACAAAACGUCCUGCCAUGACAACAGCAAACAAUCCUAAAGAAACUCAAAAAACAAGUUUGACAGAAACUACAGUAAUUACAGAAGACAAGCGUGAUUACUCAACGGAACUGAGUGUUACAAUAGCUGUUGGAGCCUCCCUUUUGUUUCUCAAUAUCUUGGCUUUUGCUGCUUUAUACUACAAGAAAGAUAAAAGACGUCAUGAAACCCAUAGACGCCCUAGUCCUCAAAGGAAUACAACAAAUGAUAUAGCUCACAUACAAAAUGAAGAAAUAAUGUCAUUACAAAUGAAACAGCUGGAGCAUGACCAUGAGUGUGAGGCUCUUCAGGCUCAUGAUACUCUACGACUAACCUGUCCUCCUGACUAUACUCUAACACUGAGGAGAUCUCCUGAUGACAUUCCUCUUAUGACUCCAAAUACCAUAACAAUGAUUCCGAAUACACUAACAGGAAUGCAACCACUGCAUUCCUUCAACACUUUUAGUGGAGGCCAAAAUAGUACUAAUUUACCCCAUGGGCAUUCCACCACUCGAGUAUAGCUUUUCAGCUUUUUUCACCCAUUUGAAGAAAACAAAAACAGACAGAAAAUUCAACAAGUAGGAAGAAAUUAUUUUCUUACUUAUUGCAGCCAGUCUAGAGGAUGUAUCUAAUAUCUGUAAAGAUAAAUUAAGAUAUGAAAUAUGUUAAAACUGUUAUGAUGUCACUUAUGAAUUUAUCCCUGCUAGAUGCUAAGCAUUCUGGACAGUCUCCUUACAGCGACCGGAUCUUUCCUCUAAAACACAUUAUAACAGGUUGCCAUGAAUGAGGACUAUUGUCUUUACCGCUUUGUUUUUGUUUUCUAAGCUCUCUAUGUGCCAUAAAAUAAAUGGCCCUUGGUCAAACAAGUUAAUAUAUUAAGCUUUUUAUGAAGCUAUAAAUCACAAUGGAAAUUCUAUUUAACAAGAGGACUGACUAUGCAGAAACAUGUAUAGUUCCGGCAAUGAUGGAAAAUGCCACCUUGAACUGUAUUUAAAGAGAAAAAAAAAACAAUAUUUGUAAAAAAUGUAAAUAGCUGUGAGUUUAAAAAAAAAUAUCUUUUAUUGAUGUUUUAAGUUUCAAAAGAACUUUUAGAAAGAUUGUGCUUUUAGUUGUGACCUAUGUGUAUAUACAUUAGUCAAGAUCCAUCUCUGUUGCCUCCAGAACAAGAAAAAAGGUUUUCUUCGUAAUAACUUGUCCUCGAGAAAGAGGUCUGGGAUUUUAUAACCUGAUUCAUUUGUAGGAAAUAAUGCAAGUUCACUUGAAGAUGACAUUUUGAAUAUGUUAACUGCAAAGCUCCCUUUUGGGGUUCUACAAAUGCAUGUUCAAUUUAACCUGACAAGAUAAUUAUUACUAUUAUUAUUAUUAUUUUUUUUAUUAUUAUUAUUUUUUUUUUGUAUAUGAAGGAUCAUCAAUGGCUGGAAGAUGGAAGGCCAGCCUAUACAAUGCAUCUGAGUAUAUUUUAAAUUGCUGUUUUAACAUGUAAAUGCCCAAUGAAAUUUUAGGAAAGCCUGCUAUUUGGUCAGUCAGAGAAAAGCACAUUUCUCUGCAUUCACCAGCAGUUCAGACACAGUUAAUAUUAUACAAAAUAUUCAGCAACGCUAAUAAAAUCGACAUUGCUUGAUUAAGGUUAUGUUAUUUAAAUGAGGAGACACUAUUUGUUACUCCCAAUAUACAAUGUUUGUCAUAUAAUAUGUGAGUCAGGAAACACAUUUUUAUUUGGAAUUUUUGGUUCUUUUAUUUUUAAUUAUUAUGUAUCUGUCACAUAAGUAAUGCACAUAAUGGAAAGAUAAAAAGAAAGAUCACCAAAUGAUUUUCAAAUAAAUUCUGAACAUUUUAUUGGAAAAAUGCAAAUAUUCCUUUUAUUCUUUUUCUGUUCUUGAAGAUCAAAUUCCAUAUUCUACAUUCA